AAUAGGUUCAUCAAUUUCCUCUGUUUGUGACUUAUUACUUAAUAGUGUGUUGUUUAUUGAACAAUUCACAUUCAGAUAACGCACAAUGAAGUGUACCUACUCUUGUGAAAAUAGUCGAAAAAAUCUACUUAUGGAUUAGUUUAUAAUUUAAAAAAUGCUUUCGAGCAAAUUGGUUGGGUUGAUUAAGUUCGGAGUGCGCAAUAAUAUUUUUAGAGGAUUUCGUGCUCAGCCGGAUUUUACUAAAAAUAGGUAUCAAGUGGAAAGAGGCUUCUACAACUAUUUGCAAGAACCUCACCUGAGAUACUUCCAGGACUUACUUGGCUAUGAAGAAAGAGUUUUAACUAAUCUAUCAGAUUUGGAAAAAUAUAACGUGGAUUGGUUUCAACAAGUACGAGGUUCAAGUGCCGUCGUCCUGAAACCGAAAACUACAGAGGAGGUUUCGAAAAUUAUCGUUUACUGCAACCAAUAUAAGUUGGCAUUAUGUACGCAGGGAGGCAAUACAGGGGUUGCGUCUGGUGCCGUACCGGUUUUCGAUGAAAUUAUUUUGUCUAUGGAGCUCAUGAAUGAAAUAAUAGAAAUUGAUGAAAAUUCAGGUACUGUUGUCUGUCAGGCAGGAGUCAUACUAGAAGAACUGGACAACGCAUUAGCAGGAAAAGGUCUCAUGGUACCCUUGGACUUGGGUUCAAAAGGAUCGUGUCAAAUAGGCGGUAACGUGGCUACAAACGCCGGAGGAAUGCGAGUUAUGAGAUACGGAAAUAUGCACGGCAAUACUUUAGGAUUGGAAGUUGUAAAAGCAAAUGGUGAAGUUUUAGACUGCCUAACGUCUGUUAGAAAAGACAACAGUGGAUUGCACUUGAAGAAUUUAUUCAUUGGUUCAGAAGGAACUUUGGGUAUCAUCACUAAAGUAGCUUUGCAAUGUUCUACAAGGCCUAAAAGUCAACAUGUUACAUUCUUAGGUCUUCAAACUUUCGAUAAGGUUUUAAAAACUUCAAAAAAAGCCAAACACGAAUUAGGCGAAAUACUAUCAGCAAUGGAGGUAAUGGAUUCUCACACUAUCAAGUGGGGCAAGGAGCACACUAAUCUGGUGUCACCGUUAGACGACUACCCUUUUUACUUGUUGAUAGAAACUGCAGGUAGCAAUGUAGAACACGAUUCUAUCAAAAUGAACGAGUUUUUGGAGUCGGCUUUAAAGGGCCACUAUGUUUUGAAUGGGGUUGUCACAGGAGAACCCUCAAAAAUACAGUCAAUAUGGGCAAUAAGAGAAAAUCUACCACAAGGAUUCAAAGACUAUGGAUGGUGUGCAUUAUACGACCUUUCCUUGCCAGUGACCGAAUAUUUCAAUAUCGUAGAUGAAACCAGAGAUUAUUUAAAAAAUCACGUCGAAGACGUCUUUGGUUUCGGACAUUUAGGUGAUGGAAAUCUACACCUCCAGGUGCUAGCUAGAAAAUACGAUAAAUGGCUGGCCGAUGACCUGGAAACAUUUCUAACAAAAAGGAUUUUGGACAUGAGAGGUAGCAUGAGCGCCGAACAUGGAUUGGGGUUUUUGAAGAGGAAAUAUUUGCCAAUAGUCAAUGACCAUCCAUCAUAUACACUGAUGACUGAUUUGAAAAAACUACUCGACCCGAACAGGAUUUUGAAUCCAUACAAAGUGUUUCCUUAAACAUGUUUUUAUUUGAAAAAAUAAUUGCGUAACAAAUGUUAUAUACUUAAAAAUAUUCAAACAUCGCCGCUUACAUUUUUCUCUAAUAAAGACUUAAGAUUAUUUUUGAGUUUAAAAAGAGUAACUCCAAAUGAUCCGUCUCCAUUGAUAAUGGUAACUGCAGGCUCGCGCAUAUUUUUGUAUGCUUGAAUCACGCUGAAAAUAUAGAAAUAAUGAAUUUAAUUUUCACCCAAAAAUAAUAGUUCAUUAUAAACAAUAAAACAUUGACAGCAAAAUAUUACUUACUCUCCUCUAAACUUCACAUUAUCUUUCAAUAAAUUUUCUUGGGUAGUCACCAAAGCAGCAGCCCUUCUUGAAUGUCGUUCCAAUCGCAUUUCUUCACUCACAUUCAAAAAAAUCACCUUGUCCGGCUUCAACAAAUCAUCUGGCCAUUUAUAAAUUUCAUCGGAAGGAUUUGGUAAUUCCAGUUCCGAGGGGCGAUCGGCUACACCUUGUGCUAAUGCAUAGGCAGUUGUCGAGUGCCAGU